AUGGACCGGAAAACGUUUGACAUUCAGCCCAUUGGCCGCUUCUACGGAGCUAGUGCCACCAUUCGACGUCCCAAGGAAAUCGCUUGUUUCUCUUAUGAUGAUGACCAUAAGUUUCAUCUCGGAGAUUCAUCCUUAAAAUACUACUAUACACCGCAUCUCCCUGCGGAUCUGAAUCGCGGCUUCGAAUCUUUCCAGAAGCUAGAUGACUCCGCCGACGAGCAUCUCGAUGCACUGCUUGAGACGAUCAUGGCUCUGGAACAGGAGACAGGGAGUAUAUGUGAAGCCGAUAUUAUCACCUGGCGAGGGAUGAUGACCAAGAUCCUCACAGCCCCCUUCGACAAUAUGAACGGGUACUCGGCUAGGGCGUCAAUUUAUCAUGCUCUAAUGGAUCCUAGCUUCAUCGAAGAGCACAACAGUUAUAAGAAUGAGCAGAAGAAAAUCCACAGAAACCAGAGAAUGCCUCCCGGUAUGGCUUCUCAAGAGUUAAUGGCUUACUGGGGCUAUAAAUUCGAAACACUAUCAAUACUCAAUCAACCAUGGGAUCCGACCCCUCGUCAAGAAAUUGAAGGUCGGGAGGAGCUCAUUGUCAAUAAUAAUGCUCAGUACUGUUCCGUGGUGCGAACUGCAGUAGGUCGCUCCAAACUUAUUAUCGGUGGGGAAGUGGAUGCGAUCUGGGAUCGCAAACCGGAUCGGAAGGAAGACCCUAUCAAUUGGGUAGAGCUGAAAACUUCGGCCGAAAUUAGGAAUGACCGUGACAAACUUAAAUACGAAAGGAAGCUUUUAAAAUUCUGGGCUCAGUCAUUUCUUCUCGGCGUGCCCCGAAUCAUCGUCGGGUUCCGUGACCAGCAAGGCAUCGUACACCGUCUCGAGGAACUGGACACCGCCAGCAUACCAGGCAAAGUCAAGAAAUUCGGACGAGCAACUUGGGACGGAAAUAUAUGUAUCAACUUUACGGCUGAAUUUCUACAAUGGCUCAAAUCCACUAUCCAGGAGGAAGGAACAUGGAGGUUAGUUAAGCGUGAAAGGUCAUCAGUCAUAGAGGUCUUCAAGGUUGAGGACAGUGGGACAGGUGAUAUAAUCUCUUCGGCCUUUUCAGAAUGGCGGUCGACAAGAUGA